AUGUUUUUUAAAGAUAAACAACUCUAUAUUUCAGUUGAUUUACCAGAUUCUAGAAAGAGAUUUAUAAUUACCUAUGAAAAUGUAUAUAUUAAUCCUUGGAAUGUUAAUUUAGCAUCAAUCAGAAAUGUUAAUGUGACCUAUUUAUUUAUAUAUUGUAAUGUUGAAGAAGAUCAUCGAAGACUUGCUCUAUUAUCUCCAAAGAACGACCUUGAGAAGGCUGCAGACUGGCUCUACGAUUACGAAGACAAGUGGAUGAAGAACAUCUGUAACAAUCAAGAAAACAAAUAUAAUACUGAUUAUUUCGAUGAUGAGGACGAUGACAAUGAAUAUGAAGAUGAUCCAGAUUACAUCUAUGCAAAUUCAAGACUUUCAGAUACUCAAGCAAAGUUAGUUGUCCCAGAAAAUUGCACUCAUUCCAUCGAUAUUGGUUUAAAUAUUAUUAGCAAUAUCAACAGUAGCAACAACUAUUAA